AUGACAAGAAUUCUGCUGCGGACUAAAUCAGUCCUCCAAUCUCUGCGGAGGCUUUCUUUGAGUGUCGAGGAUCCCACAAAGCUUGUCGAUCUCAGUAAAUAUCCUCCAGAGAAAAUACGAAAUUUCAGCAUUGUGGCGCAUGUGGAUCAUGGGAAGAGCACAUUGGCUGAUCGCCUUUUAGAAUUAACCGGUGUUGUGAAGCCCGGAGAACGAAGCAGUCAAAUGCUUGACCGGUUACCUGUGGAGAGGGAAAGGGGAAUAACCGUGAAAGCUCAGACUGCUGCCUUACCAUACAAAGAUUAUUUACUAAACUUAAUUGACACUCCUGGUCAUGCAGAUUUCUCAGCUGAAGUAUCUCGUUCUCUCGCCGUUUGCGACGGGAUACUGCUUGUAGUUGCAGCAAAUCAAGGAGUACAAGCACAGACAAUAGCCAAUUUUUGGCUUGCGUUCGAGAAAAAUAUUCAAAUGAUUCCUGUCAUCAACAAAAUCGAUCUGAGUGGAGCUGACGUGCCAAAAGUAGAGAGCCAAUUAAAGAAUUUAUUCGAGUUUGACCCUCAUGAAUGCGUCAAGAUUUCCGCAAAAUCUGGCUUCAAUGUAGAGAAACUGUUCGACCUAAUAAUAGAUAGGAUUCCACCGCCGAAGUCAUAUAGCGAUGCUCCAUUCCGUGCCCAAAUUUUUGAUUCUAUGUUUGAUCAUUUCCGCGGUGCCAUUGCGUUUAUUCGCGUAGCGGACGGCUGUAUCAAGAAGGGACAAAAAAUGCAAUCUUACCAUAAUGCUAAGGAAUAUGAAGUUGUGGAGGUCGGCAUAAUGCGUCCGGAUAUGACACCAUGUGCAGCGCUAAGCGCGGGACAAGUCGGCUACAUUAUCUGCGGUAUGAAGACUGUCAAGGUAUAA